GGGACAAUUCGUGUAAAAUGGUUGUGGUUGAAGAAUCCCUAAACCAUUCGCUCAAUUUGGGCAACUCUGUGCUGAUUUCUCUGGGUGUGGUGGCUGUAAUUUUGGCGGUUUAUCACUUUUGGCUCCAAUCUUUGCGUUACACAAAGCUGGGCAAUAAAAUACCCGGAUAUGACCCCUUGCCCAUCAUUGGCAACGCCCAUAUGGUCAUGAACAAGAAUCCCACACAAGUCAUGGAGCUAGCGUUGAGAGUAGCCUCGGAAAAAGGAAGUGUUGUGAGGUUUUGGUUCGGGAGUAAGCUGGGAGUUGCUUUGCUAGACCCCAGAGAUAUCGAAUUGAUUUUGGGUAGUAAUGUUCAUUUGGAAAAAAGUUCCGAGUACCGAUUUUUCGAGCCUUGGCUCGGCGACGGCCUUCUGAUUAGUAAAGGUGACAAGUGGCGUUCGCACCGAAAAAUGAUAGCGCCAACGUUCCACCAAUCCAUUUUAAAAACUUUCGUUCCUGUUUUCAAUAAAAACGCGAUGGAUUUGGUCGAACAAUUGCGAAACGAAGCCCUUGAUCAAAUUUGUGACGUUCACGACUACUUGAGUGGUGCCACUGUGGACGUCCUUUUGGAAACAGUGAUGGGCGUUAAAAAGACCAAAGAAGCAAGAACUAGUUACAAGUACGCCAAAGCCGUGAUGGACAUGUGCACAAUUCUCCAUUUCCGGCACGUCAAAUUAUGGCUGCGUUCAGAUUGGAUUUUCAGCUUUACAAAAUUGUUUAAGGAGCAGACUUCACUCUUGAGGAUUAUCCACAAUCUCACGGACCGGGUCAUCAAACAAAAAAAGAAAGCUUAUUUCGAACGUGUCAAAGACGGGGAUGUUAGUUUGUACAAUAACGCGGUCAAGGAAACGGAAGAGGAGAAUCUGAAAAUUAAAAACGAGCAAACUUUUAAUUUCGGGAGCGGGCUUCGGGACGAUUUGGACGAAAACGAUGAGAAUCUCGGUGAGAAAAAGCGACUCGCGUUUUUGGAUUUCAUGGUCGAGGCGAGCCAGACCGAGGGAAAUAAACUAAACGAUGAGGAAAUUCGGGAAGAAGUUAACACAAUUAUGUUCGAAGGGCAUGACACAACGGCAGCUGCGUCGAGUUUUUUCAUCUGUAUUUUAGGAGUCUACCCUGAAAUACAGGAGAAAGUGUAUCAGGAAUUGAGGGACAUUUUCCAAGACAGUGACAGACCGAUCACUUUUAACGAUACUUUACAAAUGAAAUAUUUAGAGCGCGUUCUUUUGGAAACCUUGAGAAUGUACCCACCGGUCCCUAUCAUCACACGAGUCAUAAACGAGGAAGUCAAGCUUGCUUCGGGCGAUUAUACGCUACCUGUGGGCACCACGGUGGGGAUUGGUCAAUUUUUGGUUCACCGAAAUCCCAAAUAUUUCCCCAAUCCGGAUAAGUUCGAUCCGGACAAUUUCCUACCUGAACGCUGCCAACAGAGACAUUACUACAGUUUUAUCCCUUUCAGUGCAGGCCCCCGCAGUUGCGUCGGCCGUAAAUACGCAAUGCUCAAACUGAAAAUUCUUCUCGCUUCGAUCGUGCGAAACUUCAAGAUCAAAUCGGUCGUCAAAGAAAAAGAUUUCCAGCUGCAGGCCGACAUUAUCCUGAAAAGGGCUGACGGUUUCAGGGUCAUUUUAACCAGCAGAACAUGAAAUUAUUAGUUUAUAACUGUGAAUAUUUUAUUGUGCUAAGAAGUUAAGGAUUUAAUAAUAAAUUAUAUAAUCACCGCUCUGGAA